GCCACCUCCGCGGACCGAACUAGCCGCAUUUACUCAAUUUCCCCGCAUUUCCUGAUUUCUCCAACUUGGGGUUUCGUCAAGUGACUGACUACUAGUACUCUUAUCUUGCCUCGUCACGUACAGCUCGGGCCUAUAUUCCAGGUUUUUAUUGAUUCCUCUUGCAUAACCAGCUCUUGGAGGUACAGGGUCGUAAGCGACCAGUCUAAAUUAGCCCUUUUAGUUACAUCCCUUUCUUUCUGUGCAGGUCAAUCGAUCAAUCAUGUCAGGCGCGAAGUCGAGAUUGUCCGGGCUACUGGGGCAUUUCAUCCCCGGUGGUGGUGCAGAGCAUCGGGUUAAUUUUCAUACGCUUUCACCAACGUUCUUUUUGCCUAGGGCGGCGGCUAUUGAGCCGGAGGCCGAGGCCAUUCAUCACAUCACUGCGAAUAAUCAGGUUCUUAGACGGACCUAUGCUGAGACGGCUGAUCGCGCAAGGGGUCUCGCUUACUACCUGAAGAAGCAUGGGUUUAAAAGAGUGGGCAUUUUGUGUCCUAAUACUCCUGCCUUUUUGGAAUCUAUCUUUGGGAUUGCGGCCGCUGGGGCGGUUAAUGUCGCUGUGAAUUAUCGCUUGAAAGAGGAUGAUAUUGCGUAUAUCUUCACGCACUCUGAUGUUGAGGCCAUCAUUGUUGAUCAGGAGUUCUUGUCGCUUCUUCAGAGCUACCGCGCUUCCAAGCCGGAUGUCCCAAUUAUUCUUGACACGGAUACAGACGCUACCGAAGGCCAGUUGUCUGGUCCCUUUGAUGAUGCAGUUUUGGAGGGCUUGAGGUAUGAUUCGGAUACAGGGGCUAAAGGGUGGAGUGGGCUUGAAGCGCAGACUGCUUCUGAGGACGAUGUGGUCGCUCUUGCUUAUACCAGCGGUACGACGGCUCGUCCGAAGGGCGUGGAAUUUACCCAUCGUGGCUGCUAUCUUGCUGCAAUGGGCAAUGUGAUUGAAUCUGGGCUUAAUCGGCAGCACGGUCGCUGUCGGUAUCUGUGGACUCUGCCCAUGUUCCAUGCAAUGGGAUGGACAUUCCCUUGGGCUGUCACGGCUGUCCGUGGUACUCAUUACUGCUUGCGGAAAAUUGACUACCCUCAGAUCUGGAAAUUAUUGAAGCAGGAGCAGAUCACUCAUUUCAAUGCAGCCCCAACUGUGAAUACUCUACUCUGCAAUUCCGAGGAGGCAGAGCAGCUGCCGGAGCCUGUUCAUGUUACGGUUGCGGCGAGCCCGCCUACGCCUCAUCUCUUCGAGCAGAUGACUAACUUGAACCUACACCCUGUACAUGUAUAUGGUAUGACGGAGACGUAUGGCCCCAUCACGAAAGGGUACUACAUGCCUUCAUGGGAUGAUUUACCAUCAGAUGAAAAGUAUAAGAGGAUGGCAAGGCAAGGACAUGGCUUUGUAACUAGUCUGCCCGUACGAGUGAUUAAGACGGAUGUCCCCGAAGGAGCCGUUAUCGAUGUUACUCGGGACGGUACGGAGAUAGGUGAGAUUGUGUUCACAGGAAAUAUCUGUGCUCAAGGUUACUACAAAGACCCCGAGGCCACGCGGAAGCUAUUCGCGGGUGGCGUUCUUCAUUCUGGAGACUUGGCUGUCUGGCAUGCAGAUGGCGCGAUCCAGAUACAAGAUCGGGCAAAAGAUAUCAUUAUCAGCGGAGGAGAGAAUAUCUCGUCUGUUGCGCUAGAGUCUAUGUUGGUCACCCAUCCGGAUAUACUCGAGGCUGGAGUCGUAGCCGUCCCCGACUCCCACUGGGGGGAGCGACCAAAGGCAUAUGUGACGGUGAAGCCAGGCAAGACAUUGAAUGGCCAAGGGGUAAUCGAUUGGGCUCGGAAUGUCAGCGAUAUCAGCAAGUUUAUGAUUCCCCGGGAGGUUGAAGUAGUGGCGGAACUUCCCAAGACUAGCACUGGGAAAGUCAGGAAGAACGUCCUUCGCGACUGGGCUAAAGGUGUGACUCGAACAUGAAGGACAUCCUAAAUUGAGAAAUGAUUUUAUAUAUAUAUAGGGUCUAGACCACAGAAAUAGUACUUAUUGGGGCUGCGUUGAGCUAUCAUAGGAUGGCACAGUCCCUGUUCGUUCCCAAAAACCCGAAUUUAGGGUCUUUCCGAUAGUUCCACCACCAUGUUAAUAGGAUUUCACCGUCCCACCUUGCGAAGGGGGGCGGCUCUGGACCCAACUCGGUGUGCCAACCCAGAUAUUCUUUUGGGUCGAAAAGGGGGCGGGACCCGAUAGACAGCCAAACGCGAUGAAUCCGUGGCCCAUUCAGAGUGUAAAGCGAGAAUGAUAUAUAUCAGGUAGGAGGGAGUACAUACUAUAUUUGGAAGACAGUUUUUGAGCAGGUGGAGAGAGAGGUCCGUGUAUCCGGUGACCGGCCAUGGAGGGAAGAGAAUCAAGGUGCCAGGUAAUAAGAGGUACUCCGGAUCUGUAUGUAUGCCUUGCUGAGAACCC